GCACCAUAGGCAAAAAAAACAGCCGUAUAUUUACAUUCGCAGAUUGAUUCAACCAACACUCCUUUUGCUUGAUGAUGAUAAAAGAGAGAAAAAUUAUACUUUUUUCACCUCACUCACCACUUGGUUGAGGAGUAAGUAAAGGAAUAAUAAUAUAUAUAACAAUGCAUAAUCAAACCUAACCUCAAAAAGCUGGUUGGAAUCCAACAAAAAUUUCGAUACCUUAUUACCUUAAUUUUUAACUAACUCCCCUUAAUUUUGUGGACGACGACAACAAUUCGUGUCCCCCAGAGGAAGAAUUAUCGUACGUCGUCGUAGUAGGUGCUACAUCUACCUAACUAACUGGCUGAUCUAAUUAAUCAGUUGAUAUCUUCUCCUUACAUCAUCACUCAUCGAAGAUCGAAGAAGUAAAACAAACAAACAAAACAAGUACAACCAAUGAUGGCCACACACACUUGAUCAUUACAUUUCCGUGUUUCCUCCAUCCCUACGAAUAGCGACCAAGGCACCAUUGCUAUUAAAUAACUACUGGCUGGUCGUCUUCUUCUCACUCCAGAUAUCAUCAGUCAUUAAUAUACGAAUAAUAAAGUAUCCAUUACAACAAAGGAGGAGACAAAUGAACGGUGGAAACAAGUCCAGUUGUUGUAAAUUCUCCAUUCCUCGUCCAGUAAUAUUAAUUCUCGUCGUCAUACCCCGCGACCAGCUGCUCGAAGGGCGAGUCGCCGUCGACUUACAGACACCGAGAAAAGGAAAUUUAGAUUCAUCGAACAGCAGCUCAAACUGAUUUAUCCCUUCGUCCAGUCCAAAAAUUAAUUGAUCUCCUCACUCGCUCCAAAUUUUUAAGCAAAGAAAUAAUUAUGUUAGUUUAUUUUCACAUUUUUUUAAAGAAAAAUUAAUGUUGAAUUGUAACAGUCGAGUUAAUUAACCACGGCCUUCCCCAGUAUCAAUGUUCUUAUCGGGUGGAAAGAUUUCUUGACCUUUAAUUUUUUAAAUAUUAAUUGUACAAGGGUGGUCGUGUUUCGCCACGACUUGUUAGUUUUUUUAAAAUUCUUCUUCCUUUACCAAAUAAGUGCCAAAUCGUCAUCAACGCUAACGUCAUCACCAAAAUGAUUUCUACUUGUCUUCCAUCACAUAAGAGUGUACUGGUGGCGAUCUUGUUUACAUUUCUUUUCAUACCUGCGUCAAGGACAGCGUUCAACAUUUUUGGUCAUAAUUAUGACAAACUUGAUCAGAAGUAUGGGUCUUUUACGGAGGAUAUGAGGGUAGAAAUGCUAGAUGAGGUACGGAAAAUGUUUUACUGGUCGUACGACAGCUAUAUGAAAUAUGCCUUUCCUUUGGAUGAGCUUGAUCCCAUCCAUUGUGUGGGACGUGGUCCGGAUCAUGACAAUCCGUCCAAUAUCAACAUCAACGAUGUUCUUGGAGAUUAUUGCUUAACAUUGGUAGAUUCUCUAGACACGUUGGCAGUGUUGGGAAAUGUUAGCGAAUUUCACCGAGCGGUCCAACUUGUGAUUGAACAUGUGUCUUUCGACAAGGAAAACACCGUCCAAGUUUUUGAAGCCAACAUUAGACUAUUGGGUGGACUGUUAUCUGCUCACAUGUUGAUGGAGGAUGAUCGGAAUUUAUUUGGAGAGAAUUUACGUCCUACUUGGUAUGAUGGUGAGCUGUUACAACUGGCAAGUGACUUGGCAUCGAGGCUCUUGCCUGCCUUCCAGAAAUCAAUUACUGGAAUUCCAUUCCCAAGAGUUAAUCUGAGGAAAGGCUUUGUUGAUGAUGGGGCUGAAACUUGCACUGCUGGAGCCGGUUCGUUACUGUUAGAGUUGGGAGCGCUGUCUCGACUCUUGGGGGAUCCCAUUUACGAGUCCAUGGCUCGUCGUGCCAACCGUGCCUUGUGGGGCGCAAGGGCAAAGACUACAGGAUUACUUGGGAAUGUGAUUAACGCCAAGACUGGUCAAUGGGUGGGUCGACUUAGCGGUCUCGGGGCCGGCCUAGAUUCGUACUUUGAAUAUUUGCUCAAAUCGUACAUUCUGUUUGGAGAGGAAGAAGACUAUUCUAUGUUCAAUGAGUCGUACAGCGUUAUAAAACAAUACUUGCGUCGAGGUCGAACGCACUGUAACUCUGGGUAUGGCGAUCAUCCUUUGUAUGUAAAUGUGGAUAUGCACAGCGGUAAUACCUACACCUACUGGAUUGAUGCAUUGCAAGCCUCAUUUCCUGCAGUACAGGUUCUUUUUGGUGAUGUUGAAGAAGCGAUAUGCACACAUGCUUGGCACUACAACGUUUGGAAGCGGUACGGAUUUCUGCCCGAGAGAUUUAACUGGCAACGCCUAAGUCCAGAUGUCAGUUUCUAUCCACUUCGCCCAGAAUUAGUGGAAUCCACCUAUUUGUUAUACAGGGCGACCAAAAAUCCAUUCUACUUGCACGUUGGUCGUGAGGUAGUCCUAAGUCUGAAUGCCUAUGCUAAAACUAAGUGUGGUUAUGCCACCGUUCAUGAUGUUCUCGACAUGAGCUUGGAGGAUCGAAUGGAGAGUUUCUUUCUCUCUGAAACUUGCAAAUACUUGUACCUGUUAUUCGACGUGGAUAAUCCAGUCAAUCAAAAGUUUAGCGAUUACUUGUUCACAACCGAAGGUCAUUUGCUUCCAAUCGGAGACAAGUUUCGCACCAAACCUUGGGCAGAUUCUCCAACCCCCAUUUCUCCCGUGGAUGAAAUGGAGUCACUGUUUUUUCGUGAGAAAACGCCAAAAAUAAAAAUUAACAAUGGAACACAACCAACUUGCCAAGCUGUGGAUGAAGCCCGACAAUACCUGCUUCCACUUCGAACACCAUAUUAUUUACAGUUGACUGAAUCCCUUGGCCUCAAGGAAUUAUGAUGACUGUUUUCGAUUAAUAACUAUUUCAAUUCGUUGCUCUCCUCGUCCGUUACGCAUACGCUAGCAUAAUACAUAAUAAUAUUAAUGAACCCCACAUACCAAAUUAUUUAGUAUCCGCAGAACAAGAAAAGCAGGUCUUUUCUUAAAGAUUUUUGCAAUAAUCGGUGAUAAUACGCAUGAUACUACUAUAAUAUAUAUUUAAUCAUGUCAAAACCUUGUUGUUAUGUUAUGUUAAAUGUAUUCCGACUGAAAAAAAACAACUAUUUGAACGCAUAAUAUUGUAAAAACAAAAUUUUGGGUAUUUUUGGGAAAAGGGAUGCAAUAAUGAUAAUUAAUAUUUUAGAUUGUAAUUUUUAUGAGUCGUUAUUUUGAAGGCGACGUAUUAUGAUUUUUAGUAUAAUGCGUUAAAAUAUUCAUUAUUCUGCUGUAAAAGCCAUUUUGAUCUUUGUUUACGUACGUGUUCCAAUUAUUUAUUGUGGAGUUAUGAAACUGUGGUAUAAUCCAAAAGUAAAUUUUGGAAUGACGACAACAAGUAAUCAAACGGUGUAGUCAAAGUUGGUUACUUUACCCUAGACUAGGAAAAAAAAGAGUUUCAAGUCAUUAUUAUUAUAUUAUUAUUAAUGUUAUUAUUAUUAUGUUACUGCUAAGUUAAUUGUAGUUUGACAAUAUUAUAUAUCUAUCUCAUAAAUGCACGCACCAACCAACAUACCAAUAACCCAUUAGUACCUUGUCAUCAUCACUGUCGUGGUGAAUGAUGAUAAUAUUUUUUUAAUUAAAAAUUGAAAUUUUUAUAUGCAUCUCAACCUGUUUGAGUGUGAAAAGCAAUAUGUUGCUGCUCCAUAAUGUCUAAUGUGCUCUGAAGAUGAAAAGUCAUAGUAAUAAAAUGCAUAUUAUAUUUUGUGAUGAAAAAA